AUUAGAAUAAAGAAGCACCCAGCCCGCCUGUGACUGUGAGAGGCCGGCGCGGAGGGAGUCUCAUCAGAUCGUGCCCUCUGUCUGUCCGUGUGUCUGAUUACGCGUGCGUGCGAGGGUCAGAGAGGAGGGAGGGAGGGAGGGGCUCUGGAGAUGACGGGGAGAAGGGAGCUUCUGCUGCUUGCGCUCCUGGGAGUCCUUCAGCUAGCUCUUCGUCUACCUUCCGCAGCGUCGCAGUCCUUCAUCGGCAUCAACUACGGCGAAGUGGCCGACAACCUCCCGCCGCCGUCGUCCACCGCGCGCCUCGUCCAGUCCACGACCAUCACCAAGGUGCGCCUCUACGGGACCGACCCGGCCAUCAUCUCCGCCUUCUCCGGCACGGGCGUCUCCCUCCUCCUGGGCGCCACCAACGGCGACAUCGCCAACCUCGCGUCCUCGCCCGCGGCCGCGGCGGCCUGGGUCGCCGCGCACCUCCCGGCCUCGUCGCCGGCCGUCUCCACCGUCUCCGUCGGCAACGAGGUCCUCUUUGCCGACGCCUCGCUCGCGUCGCAGCUCGUCCCGGCCAUGCAGAACCUGCACGACGCGCUGCCGCCCAACUCCAGCGUCAAGGUGUCCACCGUGAACGCCAUGGACGUGCUGGCGAGCUCCGACCCGCCCUCCUCCGGCGCGUUCAAGCCGGAGCUCGCGGCGGCGCUCGACCCGCUGCUGGCGUUCCUGAGCAAGACCGGCUCGCCGUUCCUCAUCAACCCGUACCCCUACUUCGCGUACCUCAGCGACCCGCGCCCGGAGACGCUGGCCUUCUGCCUGUUCCAGCCCAACGCCGGCCGCCCGGACGCGGGGUCGAGCCUCACGUACACCAACAUGUUCGACGCGCAGGUCGACGCCGUGCGCGCCGCGCUGGACGCCAAGGGGUACAAGGACGUGGACAUCGUGGUGGCCGAGACCGGCUGGCCGCACAAGGGUGACCCCGACGAGGCCGGCGCCACGGUGGAGAACGCGCGCGCCUUCGUGUCGGGCCUCGUGUCCCACCUCCGCUCCCUGUCCGGCACGCCGCGCGCGCCCGGCAAGUCGGUGGAGACGUACAUCUUCGCCAUGUACGACGAGGACCUCAAGCCCGGCAAGGCGUCGGAGCGGUACUUCGGGCUGUUCCAGACCAGCCUCGCCGAGACGUACCCGACGGGGUUGCUCAGGAACGGCACGGCCGGACCGAUACCAGCCACGGCGCCGGCUCCGGCGCCAACCACGUCCGCCGCGACGCUGAAGCCAACGCCAGGGCAGCAGACACAGGUGACUCCAGCGCAGCAGGGCUCGACGGCGGCAGCUGGGCCUUCCGGCAUCUGCAGGCCGGGGCCAGGGACGGCUACGUCGAGAGGGACCACUACCGCUUGCGCCCAACCUAGUGCUGCUGAAUCGUCUCGCGCUUCCUCGAUGCUCCCUAUCAUUGCCGGUUUUCCGGUCAUAGCUUUGCUGAUGUUUACAUGACCUUUUUUUUUCUUUAUGCUUUUUUCUGCCUAAUGUAUUGCGCCACCUCUCGUAUUCUAGUACGUGUUUCACGAUCCAAGCACAGCGUCGAGAUUUAAAGUACGAUAACAGCAUUUGCCAUUGUCACUUUGUUAAAGGAAUCUGAAAAGAGACUCGAAAAAAGCAAGCGUCCAAAUGAAUACAAAUAUAA